AUGUCAUCUGAUUUCUCUGUGGACGACUGUGAAUUCUACACCUUCCGGGACGGUAAUCACGUUCGUUGGUACACCCCAGGAGAGAUGGAAGCCAAGCUUAACCAAAUCACUGAGAUGAUAGAGCGCAUGAGCCAACGAAUGGAGAGGCUUGAAGUACAGCCGAGGCCAGCGGAAGUAAAUGACCAGAACCGUGAGGAACCUGUGCAUAUCCGCCGAGAUCGGAACCAGGAACCUGAGAUAGACAAUCCAUUUUACGAUGACAACCAUUCGUCUGGUAGUAGCCGAGUGAGGCCGCGAGGCAAUCGGAUGUUCCGUGGCCGAGCUGGAGGGAUCCGAGACCGAGGACACGCCAUGCCCAUGAGAAACCCGAACGACCGUUACGAGGGAGGACGGCCACAGCAGCGUUACGAAGCCGAACCGGCUAGAGGCCGAAACGACAACGACCUCGGAGAUCUUCUGGAGAGGAAGAAGAUCAACCUAGCUGCAUCAGAGUUCAACGGUUACGCUAUAGAUUGGUGGGAUCAGAUUGUGAUCAGUAGAAGAAGAAACGGCGAACGGCCUGUUGAAACCUGGGAAGAGAUGGCCACCUUGAUGUGGCAACGGUUCGUGCCUGCGCAUUAUCAACGCGAGCUGCACACUAAGCUCAGACGUCUUACUCAAGGGACUAAGUCUGUAGAAGACUACCACCAGGAGAUGGAGAGGCUUAUGAUCAAAGCCGAUGUUUUCGAACCAGAGGACGCAACGAUGGCGAGAUUCUUGAGCGGUCUAAACCGAGACCUUCAAGACCGAAUGGAACUUCAGGAGUAUCAGGACAUGUACGAGAUGUUACACAAAGCAAUCCUCUUGGAACAGCAACUUAAGCGCAAGGGAACAAAUCGUUUCACUACCGGAACUAGCUCGCGACCGACCUAUCGAGACGACAAAGCGGUCUACCCUACGCGACCAAAGUUCGAAGCCAAGCCCGGUCAAAACGCCGACCUCAAAGGCAAACCCGAGGUAACCUCAGCACGGACUCGGGAUAUCGAAUGCUUCAAGUGCCGAGGCAAAGGUCACUACGCGAAUAAGUGCCCAAUUCAGAGAGCUAUGAUUCUGUUGGACACCGGUGAGGUCGUCUCCGAGGCUGAAAGUAAAGCUGGACCAAAAUAUGACGAUGAGCCUGAGGAAGAGUAUGCGGCUGGAGGAGAGCUACUGGUAGCACGGCGAGUGUUAGUAUCACAAGAGCCGGUCCGAGAUGAGGAUCAAAGAGAAAAUCUUUUCCACACCCGAUGUAUAAUCAUGGGAAAGACUUGCAGCAUGGUCAUAGAUGGUGGGAGUUGCACGAAUGUGGCAAGCCAGAAUAUGGUGGAGAAGCUCGGGAUGCAAACCAUCAAGCAUCCGCAUCCAUACAAUCUCAGAUGGCUUAAUAACCAAAGGCAGCUCAAAGUCACCAAGCAAGUCACCGUGCCAUUCAAAAUCGGACGGUAUGAAGAUGAAGUAUUGUGCGAUGUCUUACCCAUGGAGGCCGGACACAUUCUGUUAGGACGGCCGUGGCAGUUCGACCGGAAAGCCAUUCACGACGGUUUCACUAACAAACAUUCGUUUGAACACCAAGGACGUAAGGUCGUGUUGGUGCCUUUGUCCCCACACGAGGCUGUGCUUGAGAGGCAACCUUUUAUCUUGCUUAUGUUUAAAUCCACUUUGGCUAGCACGUCUGAUUCCGAGCCGGAACUUCCGAGCAGGAUUUCUUGGGUUUUACAGGACUAUGCAGACGUUUUUCCCGAAGACAACCCAGGCGGUCUACCACCAAUCCGAGGUAUUGAGCACCAGAUUGACCUCGUCCCUGGAGCAUCUUUACCCAACCGACCUGCGUACCGCACCAAUUCGACCGAGACUAAGGAACUCCAAUGUCAGGUUGACGAACUGAUGGCCAAGGGCUACAUCCGCGAGAGUCUAAGUCCAUGUGCCGUGCCCGUGCUCCUAGUGCCAAAGAAGGAUGGAACUUGGCGAAUGUGUGUUGAUUUCCGAGCUAUCAACAACAUCACGGUAAAGUAUCGCCACCCAAUUCCGCGUCUUGAUGACAUGCUAGAUGAACUUUAUGGGUCUAGUGUGUUCACAAAGAUAGAUUUAAAAAGUGGAUACUAUCAGAUCCGAAUGAAGGAGGGAGAUGAGUGGAAGACCGCGUUCAAAACCAAGCAUGGUUUGUAUGAAUGGCUGGUCAUGCCAUUCGUCCUAACAAACGCACCUAGUACCUUUAUGCGGUUAAUGAAUCAUGUGCUUAGGUUGUUUAUAGGCGUCUUUGUAGUGGUCUACUUCGAUGACAUUCUGAUAUACAGUAAGAGUCUAGAGGAGCAUGUGAAUCAUUUGAAACAGGUGUUAGAAGUCCUUAGGAAAGAACGUUUAUUUGGAAACUUUAAGAAAUGUUCUUUUUGUACGGAUAACGUGGUGUUUCUAGGCUUUGUUGUCAGUUCACAGGGAAUACAGGUGGACGAGGAGAAGAUCAAAUCCAUCCGAGACUAG